AUGUCAGUAUCGACAUAUUAUUGUCACAGCUGUCGGCAAGGAGUAGCACUAAGAGAUGGACUUAAAGUGGAAGGUUUCAAGGAUUUUGUUUGUGCGAGAUGUGGUGGCGAAUUCAUUGAGGAACUUUCCACAGACAGCAGGUCAUAUAUGUCGCCAUUUGGGAUGAUCUUUGGUCAAAUGAUCUCGGAUGGAGAGCGUGGAAAUGUAGAUGUAGGUUCUUCAAGUAAUGCUCAACAGCAGCAAGAUCAGAACCAACAACCUUCAAUACGAUUUAUGCAUGGACAGCCUGUAGGUGGUGGAGAUGAUGAAAAUAUUAUACUCCUUUUCCUAAAUCAAUUACUUACAAAUUUAUCAGCACAAGGAGCUCAAAUACAGCUACAAAUUACUCGUGAUCCAAAUGCUCAUGGGAAUAUUCUUCACGGUCCAGUAGCAGAUUAUGCGUGGGGAGAAGGUGGCUUGGACCAAAUUGUUACACAGUUGCUGAAUCAGUUUGAAGGUGGUUCAACACCCGUCGAUCCUAAAUUGCUUGCCAACUUGCCCAUGACAAUGGUGGAACAAAAACAUAUUGAUAGUGGUGCGCAAUGUACCACAUGCAUGGAAACUUUCAAAAAGGAUGAAUUGGUAGCAAUCCUAGAAUGUCAACACAUUUUUCAUCGAGACUGCAUAUUACCUUGGCUUAGGAGGCACAAUACUUGUCCAAUUUGUCGACAAACAGUUGAUGCAACAAAAUGGUCUAGCAACAAUCCCUUAGACGAAUUGGAUUGA